AAUUACCUUGAGCAAAUAAAUGUUGAAUUUAAUUUGAAACUUGAGUCAUCUCGGAAGCAGAAACCAGCUUCCUUUCUCGUCAUUCUUCAGUUGCAGGACGGUGAAGAAUAUGACAGCAUUCAGCUGCAGAGCCUGAGCGAAGUCAUCGAAAUUUAUUAUCAGCUCCUGAAAAAAGAAAUGGAGUCAUCUGCGGCGGAAACUAAGAGGAAGAACAGUUUUAACGGAACCUUACAAGAAGAGGCAGCCAACCAUUUGACAGAGUUUGCUGAGAAAAAUCAGAUAACUUCUUUUUCUCAAGCACUUGCUGAGCUUCUUACACUUUUGGAGUGGCACAAUGAGCAGAAGACGCCUGAAAUGCAGGAAUCGUCCGUUUACAAUUCUUUGCUGAGAGUGGAAAAAGCUGCUAACAACACGUCCACUUGGGAACUCUGUGGACAAGAUUGUAAUGGUCCUUUGAUUUCAGUGUCAACAUAUGAGAUGAAUAUGUUGGAACAAACAGUUUCUAUGUACCUGGUAGAUGUUCUUAGCAAAGACAGAUCUAAAAUAUUAUUUUUUCCACUCACUGAAGUUUUUCAAUCUGAUAUCUUGCUCAAAUGGAGAAUCUUCGAAAAAAUUGCCAGUAUUAAAAUCACUCCCUAUCAAACCAUUUAUAAGCACAAAUUGACCGAAUCCAUCAGAAUGCGUAUUCAGGAUGAAAUUGGCGAUUGGUUGGAAACCGAAUUUUCCAAGCUUAAACUGUCUGGUAAAACUACAGUUUUAAAAGACGCUGAAAUCCUGACAAAGAUUUUAAAAGAUCUGAAAUCUCACAUAGACGCCGCUGCUGAAGUCGUCAGCAUUGAGAGUUCGCUUUUUAAAGAAACUUCUUGCUGUUACUUUGACUGCUUGUCAAAAGUUCUGGAUGAAAAAUUGCAUCCAGUUUGUCUUCAAGUAAUGAAAUCAAUGGAUGUGUAUCAAGAGUACCACAAAACGUUCCACGUGAAUCUGAGAGACAGCUGCGCUCUUUCGCAUGCCUUAUAUUUGCAAGUCAAAAACUUAGUGCAUGAUUUGAGACUCCAGAAGAAAUUACCUCAAAGCUGGAAAUUGGAAGAUUAUAACAGUAUGUUCGUGAAAUUCUUUAUGAAUCUUCUUCAAGUUCUUAAAUUGGAAUGCCACAGCCGAAUUAAAAGAGCUGUUGAAGCUGAAAUGAAAGAUUCGGUUCACACCGAAGAAAAGAUACUCAGCUCUUCAGUAAUUGUUCUGAACUGUUUCUGCACGGUAAUAGACGAAUGGAAGCACAUGGAGAUUGAAGAUGAAGAUCUUCAAGUCGCCUUCCUCAUUAAGAUUGCUGAUAUUGUAUGUGAUGGCGCCAAGAUAUAUGCCGAAGUCCUGGACGAAAGACUGACGAAAGAAACUCAAAAUAGUUUAAAGUCUGAAGUUUAUAAAAAGGCUUGCAUUCUGGCCAACAGCGUGGAACACGUCAGAGCAUAUUUAGAAGACCUCUCUCACCAAAUGCAAUGGAAGGAAUCGCUUCACAAAUUGAACGAAGAGUCUCCAGAUACCAGUUUUAAUGACCAAGUCUUGAGGAUUUUGAAUCUCAUCCACCAAUCAAUGGAUUCGCAUUUGAGGAGCAUAACAGCCAAGUGCUUAAACAUGGCGGCCAGUAAUGUCCAAUCUCAGUGCGAGAAGCCUUUAUCAGUCUGGAUUCAAGCUACUAAUCUUCAGCAGGGCUAUGAUAGGUUUCUUUGCCAUCUUAAUGAAUACAUGGAAACUUCGCAUGAUGUAUUAAAAGAAGACUUGUUCUCCAGGUUUCUGUCUCUUCUUUGGUGCUCAAUACUGAUGUAUAUACAGAAAGAAUUUCAGGAGGGACAACCACCAGACUAUGCAAUUACCUUGAAAGAUAAUAUCCAAAAUCUGAUGGAUUAUUUUUUGCAUAUAAAAAUGGAAGAUACAGAAUCCAGCAAACCGAUUCUUCGCCAAAUCAUGUCUGUGAUAGAUCUGAACUCAAAAUCUACUGUUGAUCUGCAGUUGGACUACUACUCCCAAAUAGCUGAGUCAUUGGUAUCACCCGUCGAAUAUUUGGGCCACAUUGCAUUUCAAGCUGGAUAUAAGCAAAUGACUGAUGAUACUGUAGAUCUGUAUAUUAAUGUUCAGAAAGGUCAACGAUUGCCAGCUAGAAAAUUCGAAAUGAAUGAAUUGUAUGUAAAAUUGACGCUGUGCCCUAGUUCGCUGUUUCCCAAUCAAGUGCCCCUAAAAUCAACCUCAGUGACUGAAGACUUGGAUAAUCCUUUUUUUAAUCAGUUUUUCCAAUUCUCUAAUUUGCCAUUGGAUGUUCUAAAUAUGAAAGGAUCUGUAGUUCAAGUUUUGGUUGUUAACCAGGACAAAUCAUUCAGCGCUGAAGCCGUGCUGUUGCUGAAGCUGGUACAAAAUAUGAGAGGAUUUACGUCUUUAGAAUUUCUGCCUGUUUAUCUAAUGCCGCUAAAAAAGUUUGACAUGAGCCAGAUUUCGUAUCAGGUCUUGGAAACCAGAAGCCGUUGGGAUAAAAAUGCUAAACUGUUCAUCAACAGCCGCAACAAGAUAGGGAAAAGCCCAAAGACACUGCUCUCUUGCCUUCCUGGAAAAAACACAUGUUCCUUUUAAAUACCGAUGCGAUACUGUUAAUCACGUUUGAAUGAUCAGCAUCCAGAAACAAUCCGUGAAUGUACAUUUCAUUUCUCUGGUUUGAAAGACAUUGUGUUUACACUUAUUUUUAAAUGACAAAUCUCCAUGGUUGGUAGUGAAUGGUUAUUUUAGAAUUUUCCGCUUUAGUGAACUAUCAUUGCUACUAAAGGCAUAACCUAAGCACAUAUGCCGUCAUGGAGAGCUGAAUUUUACAAGUGGUGGCUCGGUUGACACAAUUCACAGAAAUUUGUGUUAUAUUUUUUUAAACUUCUUGUUUUUAGCAUUUUAUCUUGAUAAUCUGGCGAUCUGAUGCGAAAUCAGAAAAAAAUAAUUGUUAAUUAUAUUUUAAUCACUUGUUAAUUAUGUCUUGUCUUCAAUUUUAAUUCAAAAAUGGAUUAUAUUUCCGUGGAAUCUCAUUGAAAGUUUUAAAUUGAAAGAAACGACUAAUGGGAUCUAAAAAUUGAACUUUUCAAUAAGAUGGUUUGUUGUAUAUAGCAAAAAGACUUAUAUAAAUAGAAAGGGCGUUUUUUUUUCUUCCUAUUUUCUCUUUUAUGAAGAUCCUUAUACGAAUUCAUUGAUCUUAGCAACUCCUCUUUUCCCUACCUAAAUUGUUUUUCUUUACAUUAUUUCAUAAAUUAUCUUGUUUAAAUAGGAAGCUUGUUUUAUACGAAAUACAUUUUUUACUGGUUUUAUUAUUUUUAAAAAAUUGUUUUGAAUCAAAUUCACUCAUUUAGUUAUUAUUUUUUUUUAAAGAAAAUAAAUUCAUCUUAUUGAAUAACGUUUAAUUAGUUUUAUUUCUUAAUUUUUUUUGUCAGUAUUUAACAAGAAAAGGAGCCCCAUGAAUCUGCAGAAUAAUUUUGCAGACUCUACUUGGCAAGGAUCAUUCGAAUGGAUUUUAAAAAAUUGAAAAUAUAAAUUUUGAAUGAAUGCCAAAUACUGUUAAUUCACCUGAAAUCCAAGAGAUUAGCAUAUGGAAUUAAUAUUAACAAUUUAAUCUAAUAAAAUGCAAAUUUUUGGCUUCUAUGUUUUAAGUCUCUGAAAAACCGAGUUACUUUUUUCUUCGCUUAACUAAACUGAUAAUGCAAUUAUUUGUAUGAAUAUAGUCUUAUAUUAAUCGCUUACAGUUUCAUUGCAUUGAAACAACAGUCAUACACUUUCAAGUGGAUAUUAUUGUAUCUGAUUCUUAACUACUGAAUUUUUUUUAACAUAAUAGAUUAAAUUUUUUUUUUUUUUGUUGUUGUUGAUUGUAGCCAUUAUCUCAAACUUUGCAUUUUCAUGACAAAAUUUCGCUACAUAUCGAAGAAGAAAGCUUGUUUCAUCUAAUGACUGUUUCACUGAAAUAUUUGUAAUGUCCAAAUAAAAAACUA